AUGCAUGACCUUACGCCCCCUUCUACCCCCCAAGACACUGAGGCCGACACAACCGUCGAAGAAACCUCCGAGCCCGUCCUCCAACUCGCCCGCAGAUUCUCUCUCACCCGUACAUUCUCCGCCCUCUCAACCAACAUCAACCCGUUCCUCGCGCAGGACUCGCGCCUCGACCCGAAAUCAGCCGAUUUCGAGCCCGAGUCGUGGGUCAGGGCUCUGCUUCACGCUUUCUCCAAGGACCCGAGCAAGCAUCCGCGGUAUACAGCUGGUGUGUCUUGGAGAAAUCUGGGUGUGCAUGGGUUCAGCGAUCCGACUGAGUUUCAGAAAGAUGUGGUUAAUUUUAUUUGGAGAAGUCCCCUUGCUGCGCUUGAUUGGUUUGCCAAGAGGAAGCAGAAGGUCAAGAUUAUAUCGGAUUUUGAUGGGCUUGUUAAGAGUGGGGAGUUACUGCUUGUGCUGGGUCGUCCGGGAAGUGGUGUUUCUACACUCCUCAAGACGAUCGCUGGACAUACUCACGGACUUCACCUUGACGACUCAUCGGAGUUCAACUACCAAGGCAUCCCAUGGGAUCUAAUGCACCGCAACUUCAGAGGAGAAGUGAUCUACCAAGCCGAAACAGACAUCCACUUCCCCCAACUAACCGUCGGCGACACCCUCCUCUUCGCCGCCCUCGCCCGCACGCCCCAGCACAUCAUCGCCAACAUAUCCCGCCAUGUCUACGCCGAAAACAUGAGAGAUGCUGUAAUGGCCAUGUUUGGUAUCUCCAACACGCUCAACACCAAGGUUGGCGAUGACUUUGUCAGAGGCGUUAGUGGCGGUGAGAGGAAGAGGGAGUUUGAUAAGGUUCUACUCCUGUACGAAGGCCGCCAGAUCUUCUUCGGCCCAGCAAGCGAAGCGACACAAUACUUUAUCACCAUGGGUUUCGAGUGUCCUCCCCGCCAAACGACAGCCGAUUUCUUAACAUCCCUCACAAACCCCAGCGAACGAAUCGUGCGACCCGGUUUUGAGAAUAAAGUACCCCGCAGUCCCGAUGAGUUCGCCGACGAGUGGCGGAUGAGUCAACACAGGGCUUCCCUUCUAAAUGACAUUGCUGCGUUUAACAUUCAGUAUCCUCUUGACGGGAAACAAGUUGAGACGCUACAGGGUAUCAGAAGAGCCCAAAAGGCCAAGUACACUUCCGACAAGAGCCCUUUUACCGUCUCUAUCCCAAUGCAGAUCCGUUUAUGUAUCGGCCGAGGUGUUAAGAGACUUCUCGGCGACAAGACCUUUUUCGUUGUUACUAUUGCAGUCAACUUCGUCAUGGCUCUUGUUCUUGGUAGUGUUUACUUUGACUUACCCAGCACAGCUGAGGCUAUGAACCAACGAGCCUCGGUGAUUUUCUUUGCUAUUCUGUUCAACGGCCUUAGCAGUGCCUUGGAGAUCCUUGCUCUCUAUGUCCAGCGGCCGAUCGUGGAGAAACACGCAAGAUACGCUUUAUACCGCCCUCUUUCCGAGUCUGUUUCUUCAAUCAUCUGCGAUCUACCGUCCAAGAUCAUCUCAACUCUCGCCUUCAACAUUCCGCUGUACUUCAUGGUGCACCUCCGUCGCGAUGUCUCAGCUUUCUUCAUCUUUCUCCUCUUCGGUUUCACCACUACCAUGACAAUGUCAAUGAUUCUUCGCACCAUUGCCCAGACUUCCAAAACAGUACAUCAAGCCCUCGUUCCUGCUGCCAUCUUCAUCAUCGGCUUGGUCAUCUACGCUGGAUUCGUUCUCCCGAUUCGAAGCAUGAAGGGCUGGCUUCGAUGGAUCAACUACGUGAACCCAAUCGCUUACGCCUACGAGUCUCUGAUCGCGAAUGAGUUCUCGGGUAGGUCAUUUGGAUGUCAGACUAUGAUACCUUCUGGUCCGGGGUACGAGAAUAUUGAGCCGAUGCAGCGGACCUGUUCCGUUGCUGGGGCACUAACAGGUCGUGAUUUCAUCGACGGUGAUUUCUAUAUUGGGACUGUUUACAAGUACCACUACUCGCACCUUUGGAGGAACUACGGAAUCCUCAUCGCUUUCAUCAUCGUCUUUACCUUCACCUAUCUGUUUUCGGCGGAGUACUUCGCAUCCCAAGCUUCCAAGGGUGAGAUCUUGGUAUUCCGCAAGGCUCAAAAGCCUCGGCGCAAGUGGACAUCGGAUGAGGAGGCUGUCAAUGCCGAAUUACAGACUCCGCGAGCGACGAGCGAUGACACGGUCCACAUGUCGACUGAGAAACCACCAAACUCUUCUACCUUUUGCUGGAGAAAUGUCUGCUAUGAUGUGCAGGUCAAGGGCGAGACACGCCGCAUCCUUUCGGACGUUAAUGGCUGGGUUCAGCCAGGAAAGCUCACUGCUUUAAUGGGUGCUACUGGAGCCGGCAAGACCACACUUCUCGAUGUGUUAGCUGAUCGCGUCAACAUGGGAGUCAUCACGGGCGACAUCCUUGUGAAUGGGCUAUCGCGUGGCAAGUCAUUUCAGAGAACUACGGGCUACGUGCAGCAGCAGGACAUCCACCUCGAGACAUCCACCGUAAGGGAAGCCCUCCGUUUCAGUGCAGUUCUCAGACAGCCAUCUACUAUUUCCAUGCAGGACAAGAUCAGCUAUGUUGAAGAGGUGAUCGACCUGUUGGAGAUGGGUCCUUACGCGGAUGCCGUUAUAGGAGUUCCAGGUAAAGGUCUCAACGUUCAGCAAAGAAAGCGCCUUUCCAUUGGUGUAGAGCUCGUCGCCAAACCCGAAGUCCUCAUCUUCUUUGACGAACCUACCUCCGGCCUCGAUAGUCAAACAGCAUGGGAAAUCGUAUCCCUUCUCAAGAAGCUCGCAGACCACGGGCUCGCUAUCCUGUGUACCAUUCACCAACCAUCCGGCAUCAUCUUUCAGCAAUUUGACCGGCUGUUACUUCUGGCGAAAGGUGGCAGGACUGUUUACUUUGGCGACAUUGGUGAGAAUGCUACUGCCUUGACGGGAUACUUUGAGAGACAUGAUGCUGUACGCUGCCGACCGGAAGAGAAUCCCGCUGAGUGGAUGCUACACGUUAUCGGUGCUGCACCGGGUGCUCAUACGGAUCGUGACUGGGUCGAGACCUGGAAAUCGAGUUCUGACUUCCAACGUGUGCAGAAGGAGCUUGACAACCUGACACAGUCUAGGCAUGUGUCUAGCGAAGCAGAUACACAUGAUACCUCUUACGCUGCUUCGGUCUCUCAGCAGUUCCUAGCUUGCACUCAACGCGUUGCGCAGCAAUACUGGCGAACGCCGACCUACAUCUACUCCAAACUAUCUCUUUGCUUCAUCACGAGCCUCUUCAUCGGCCUCUCCUUCCAAAACUCCCCGCUAUCUCUCCAAGGUCUCCAGAACCAACUCUUCUCCAUCUUCAUGCUCCUCAUAAUCUUCGCAUUCCUAACCUACCAAACCAUGCCCGGCUUCGUCACCCAACGAACACUCUACGAAGGACGCGAGAGGUCUUCAAAGACAUAUGCUUGGUACAACCUCAUCCUCGCCAACACAGUCGUCGAAAUGGCUUGGAACUCUGCGGCCUCUCUGGCGAUCUACUUCCCGUUCUACUUUCUCGUUGGUAUGUACGACAACGGCCGUGUUACAGAUACGCAGCACGAACGUGGCGCGUUCAUGUUCCUCUUGACGUGGGCGUUUAUGGUGUAUGAGGGUACGUUUGCGCACAUGGCUGUUGCUGGGGCUCCGACUGCGGAGGUUGGAGCGACGCUUGGAUUGUUCCUUUUCAUGAUGUCUCUAGUGUUUUGCGGUGUCCUCGUUCCAUACUCGGGCCUCCCUGGAUUCUGGACCUUUAUGUACCGUGUCUCUCCCUUAACAUACCUCAUUGGUGCCAUGAUCUCGAACGGCGUUGGCAAGCAAGAAGUGGCCUGCUCAGAAAUUGAGUUUCUGCAGUUCCAGACGCCAGCAAAUCUCACUUGCGGGGAGUAUGUCGGACAGUUCGUUCAAGCGGUAGGUGGCGCUCUAUCUAAUCCGGGGGCGAACCAGACUUGCCUUUAUUGUCCGAUUGCGUCGACUGACACAUAUCUUGGAACUCUGAAUAUUCGCUACACUGAGAGAUGGAGAAACUUUGGUCUCAUCUGGGUCUUUAUCGUGUUCGAUGUCAUCGCAGCGUUAGUGGCAUAUUGGUUGCUCAGGGUUCCCAAGAAGGAAACGAAAUUGUUGUUUUGGAAGAAGUAG